AUGUAUAAUUGUAUAUUGGGAGAGGCGGAGAGGGAUGAGGUUGAGGAUGAGGGAGUGGAGGUUUCGUACCCGUUUUAUACGGAGGGGUUGAAGGAGUUAGCCGAGGCGAGGAGGGAGAUUGCAAGGUUUUCAGUGGGCAGGGCGAGGGUGAGGAUUGGACGGGCGAGGAGGAGGAGGGAGGAUCCCGAUGAGGAUGAGGAAGGGGAGGCGAAGGAGGCGUGUAGGGCUGCUGGGGAGUUUGUGCUUGAGUGUAGCGAGAUUGGGGAUGAUAGGCCGCUUUCGGGGUGCUCUUUUUCGAGGGAUGGGUUGAUGCUGGCUACAUGUUCUUGGAGUGGGAUCGCUAAAAUAUGGAGCAUGCCACAAGUAAAAAGGACUGCAACACUUAAAGGUCACAGAGAGCGUGCUACUGAUAUAGUAUUUUCUCCUGUUGAUGACCUCUUAGUAACUGCAUCCGCAGAUAGAACUGCAAAGUUAUGGAAGCCUGAUGGGUCCCUAUUGAAGUCAUUUGAUGGCCAUCUUGAUCGGCUUGCUCGUGUUGCAUUCCAUCCAUCAGGUAAAUACCUGGGAACUGCUAGUUUUGAUAAGACGUGGAGACUUUGGGACAUCAAUACUGGGUUGGAAUUGCUCCUCCAAGAGGGUCAUAGUAGAAGCGUGUAUGGAAUAAGCUUUCAUCCAGAUGGAUCUUUAGCUGCAUCAUGUGGCCUUGAUGCACUUACUCGUGUCUGGGAUCUUCGCACAGGAAGAAGCAUUCUUGCCUUGGAAGGCCAUGUCAAGCCGGUCCUUGGAGUCAGCUUCUCCCCCAACGGCUAUCGCUUAGCCACUGGAAGUGAAGACAAUACAUGUAGAAUAUGGGAUUUGAGAAAGAGGAAGUGUGAGUACACUAUACCGGCUCACUCCCACCUUAUCUCUCAAGUGAAAUACGAACCUCAGGAGGGAUACUUUCUUGCAACUGCUUCCUAUGAUAUGAAAGCAAUGGUGUGGUCUGGGCAAGAUUUCAAGCCUGUCAAAACUUUGGUCGGGCAUGAAGCCAAAGUUACAGGUUUAGAUAUUAGAGCAGAUGGGCAGCAAAUAGCAACUGUUGCUUAUGAUCGCACAAUCAAGAUUUGGUCAAGUAGAAGCAGUGGAAAUGAGAAGAAUUCAAUGGACAUUGACUAGAUGCUUGUCAGGAUUAUGUCUGAUUUCAGUAGGUAAGAGGAGGACUAGAAGUUCAUAAGCCGAAGUUUUGUUGACGCAGAUGCAAAGAAAUCUAAUGUUGUAUGUGAUUUAGUCAUUAAGAUGCUCUCUACUCAUGAAUUAGCAGAGGGAAUUAGCGGAGGGAACUAGAUCAUUCUCCUUUUCCUCUCUCUCUCUCUCUCUCUCUCUCUCUCAGUGUCUGAAUUUGCAAUUUGAUUCAAUUUCAUCUGAAUAUUAAAACAGCUUUACUUUUGGGUAGGUAUCUAUUGUUGAUCUGUAUUCCGGUGGAAUUUAUUGACUACAAAGAGGGAUGCGUUUAGUUUGGAACAAUGGACUUCACUGAAUGUUUGAUCAAUUAAUUAGUUGUAGUCAUAUUUCACGAUGUAUAUUCACAAAAGUUAUUUCAGUUGUAAUCAUGGGUAGAUGCAAAAACUACCUCUCAAAUCUCAGUAAUGUAAGGGAUCGAGUGCAAAUCUCUGUUAUUGUGGGCUCUUCUAAUCUCAUGGAUUGCGGUAUGUAUUGUAAGUCUUGAAAAACUAAGAACUCGCUUGGUAUUAUAAUGGGAAAAUGAGAAUAGCCAAAAGAAAAAUUGUUGA